GUCAGUUUGUUUACAAAAAAGAAAGAAAUAUUUUAGCGAUUUUGGAAGUUUAUGAUUAAAGAGCCUGUGAUUAUCAAUCGGAUGGAAAAUGUUGGAAGAUUCAACCAGAACCGUGGAAAAAGUGUGGCUUAAAACUGAGCCUACCUACGACGAAUCAUCCAAUGAUGCAGUAGACCUCAUCAAUGCCGACAAAAUCACUUCACCGAUAACAACAGUCAGUUCUACGAUAAAGAAUGAGGAAACUGAGAUUGUGCACAUCAAAUCUGAAUUAGUGUUUGAUGGAAUUGUUGGUACUCCGUCAUCAAUUGUAAAGUCGUCGAACGAUACAACGCAAAAAUUCAACGGUAAAGUUCUUAAGAAAGCAGAUUGCGACAAAACGGGUCCCAAAGUAAAGCCGUUUGUCUGCAGCGAAUGUGGUGCGAGAUUCGCAUUGAAAAGAACUCUUCAGAACCAUCAACGAACCCAUACCGGCGAUAGACCUUUUGUUUGUGACUUAUGUGGAAAGAGCUUCGCCGUAAAAGGUGGUCUCACCCGUCACAUACUAUUGCAUUCAAAUGAGAAGCCGUACACUUGUUCAGAAUGUGGAAAAGGAUUUCGGCAAAGUUGCCAAUUGAAAUCACAUACAUUGACGCAUGCCGGAAUCAAGCAUCUGGUUUGCGAGCACUGUGGAGCAAAGUUUUCAACGACAUCUGGCUUCCGAAUCCAUCAACGAUCACAUAGUGGCGAACGGCCGUUUGUCUGUUCGGAAUGUGGAGAGGGAUUCGUGCGGAGAGGAGCUCUCACCAGACACAUGCUUGAUCACUCCGGUGAAAAGAAAUUCGCUUGCGACAAGUGUGACAUGAGAUUCUUUCAAAAGAACUUGUUACAAUCACAUCAGAAAAUCCACUCAGAUCAUAAGCCUUUCGUUUGUGAAUGUGGGAAAGCAUUCUACCACAGGGCCGGCUUAAAGUCACACAAAGCGACUCAUUUGCAAGUUCGGCCGCAUGUUUGCAAUAUCUGUGGAAAACGAUUCGUUCAAAGCGGUACGUUGAAGAUACAUAUGGUUACGCAUAGUGACGUGAGACCCUUCGGUUGUGAAGUUUGUGACAUGAGAUUCACACAAAGUUUCACCUUGAAAACUCAUAUGGUCAAGAAACAUGGUCGGCUACCAACACCUAGACUGAAACAACACUUGAAGAUGCGAAGUCGAUCGUCUGUCAUUGAGUCAGAUGUGAAAAGUGAUAGCUACGAUAGGAACGUGGAAGGUACACAGUCAUCACAUGGCGAAGUUGUACAUUCGUUGCAUAAAGGAAAACAAAACUCGGAUCGUGCGACCAUCGAUGACAGAUUCAAUGAUUUCAAUGAUGAUGGAACGUGUUCUCCGGAACCCUCAGAAACCAGAUCUAUUUUCAAAACCGACAAUGACGACAACAACUUGAACGAUGAGAACGUUGAGCAUAAGCUCGAAAUGCAACAACCGGAACAGAUUGACGAAAUAGAAAUUAGCAUCGAUGAAGUAAAAGUAGAAUCGGAGGACAAUUUUGAAAAUUUGAGUGAUGGUGAUGUUAGUCAAGAAGAGGAGAAACAAACGCCCAGUGACAAACAAAGUUCCUUUGAAAGUGCACGAAGUCCAUCUGCCAGACUGCCGUUUUCUUGCGACAAAUGCGAUCGAAAGUUUUUGAAGAAUGCGGAUCUGAAAAGGCAUCUACGGAAGCAUCGAGAGCGCACUCAAAUAAUCUGUGAUGAAUGUGGCAAAGGAUUCAAGCAUAACUAUUUGCUCGAAAUGCAUAAACGCACCCACUCCGGUCAGAAACCGUUCAAGUGUGAUAAAUGCGGAGUCAGCUUCACUCAGAGAUCUAACUUAAACACACACAAACGUACCCAUUCGAAACAGAAACCAUUUUCGUGUGACGUAUGCUCAAUGGCCUUUACAACUAAAUCUAGUCUGAAAACACACAAACUACUUCAUACAAAUCAGAAGCCAUUUGCCUGUGAUAUAUGUGGCAUGAGAUUCACGGUAAAACACAAAGUAAAACUCCAUAAAAAUACCCACAGCGGGGAAAAGCCUUACAUUUGUGAAAUAUGUGGUGCGUCAUUUGGGCAAAAAAGUUACCUGAAAAAGCAUAUGCUAGUACAUAGCGGUAUAAAGGCCUAUUCGUGUGACGAAUGCCCAUCCAAGUUUAGUACAAAAAGCGCACUGGUCCAGCACAAAGGAUACUCUCAUCGCGGUGUUGACGAACUCUCACCCCGGCAUAGACGUAAAAUGCAGAAAAUGAAAUUAAUAGCAGCGGGUAACGGUGCGACGAAAGAAGGUGUAUUUACGUCGCUAGGCCAGCCAGCGUUCGUCCCUUGACAAACGUAAGUUGAAGAUUAGUGUACAUAUUUCGCGCGAAUAAAACGAAAAUUUUG